AUGUUUCGAACUCGGAAGAAGAAAGAGGCGUCCUUGGUGGAGGAACUCAAAGAGCUCGAGCUGUUGGAGGAAGGAGAGAUGGUGGACAUGCCGGAUUUGGAGUUUGAGGAUCUCAUAGAGGAGAACACCAUGAGCGUGAUAGUGAGGUGCCUCAACCCCUAUGUCCACAAAGUUGGGGGCCUCGUGAAAGCUCUGCCACCAAUCUGGGGUUUAGAGGACAAAGUCAAGGGCAGAGGAGUUGGUGAUGACAAAGUCCAGUUCAUCUUCGAAGCGGAGAGCGACCUACAACAUGUCCUGACGAAGGGGCCAUGGUUUGUUAAUGGCUGGAUAGUUUCUAUGAACAGAUGGUCUCCACACCCAGAUGAGGAGUUCCUUAAGCGGAUCCCAUUCUGGAUCCGCAUUCGAGGGCUCCCAAUUCAUCGCAUGAAACAUCAAAUGGUGGAGUACCUGAUGAAACCACUAGGGAAGGUGGAAAGAAUAGAGCUCCAUGCUAAGAACUCCAACUCCUUGGAGUAUGUAAGAGCAUUAGUGUGGAUCAGUACGGAGGAGCCAAUACAGUUCCGCAGAACAGCUCGAUUCAAGUCUGGUGAAACGGUGCCCACAGAGCUGGAAUACGAGAAGCUAAUAAAAGUGUGCUACACUUGUAAGAGGCUCACUCAUGAUCAGACUAGAUGCAACCUCCAAAUACAAGACCAUCGAAGUGAGGAAGGGAUUAAGCAGAGUAAAGCUCCUGUGGAACCUAUGCGUAGACACAGAGGAAUCAAGGAGACCCCAAGGAAGGCGAACCCAAAGAGAGGAGCACUCAAAGGAGUGGUUUUUAAAGAGGUAACCCCAAGAGGGGAAGCACGAGGGGAAGCAGGAGGCAAAAGGAUGGCUCAAUCAUCAAGGCAAGACAGUAGAGGAGAGUUGCGUAAAGGAAAAAAGGUGGCUGAAGUUCCACAGCUGGUCUGGCAACAAAAAGGCUCGAGAGGAGUGAGCGGCUACUCAAGAAGCUCCCAGGAAUCUACAGCAUUAUCAAAGGGCUCAGGAGACCAGACGGGUUCAAGAGGUACCUUAGGGAGCUCUGGUGAGGGAGGAACCUCAAAAACAGGACAAGGAUCAGACUCUGUCUUCAAUAGGUUAAGUGGAAUGGAGCUGGGAGAGGAUACAGAGGUAACGCUGGAGGAUCUUCGUGAUAAAUUAACUGAAGCUCGAUCAGGAGAAAAACAGGAAGGACAAUCGAGUAAGGGAAGUCGAAGCCCACCCUCAGUGUUUGAACGUCUUGGAGGUCAGCUUGAUCUCACCCCUCGAGAGAAGAGAGUAACAGGAGGAAUGGGUAGUUCCAAAAGAAGAAGGAUGAGUAGUAGCGAUGAAAGGAAAUCGAAGAAGAUGAGAAUAGGCUCUACUGAAAAGACAAAUGAGGCUCCAUCUGUUUUCUGCCGACUCGGCAGUAUGAGUAAAGGGUCGGAGAAGAAGUCAGAGGCUUUGAGCCAGGCGGCUAGUCAAGGGGGCUUCACUACCCCCACUCAUUCUGCUCUUGUAGCAGCAUCUGUCCCAGACCAUUCUGUCCGUAGGAUAGCAUUGGCAAGUGGAAACAAAAGGAAAGAAGGGUUGAAGGGAUUGGGGAAUGUCCCGACAGUUCGACAUCUACAGGAGAUACUUGGUCAGUAUUCUCCUGAGAUAAUAUUCCUCAGCGAGACCAAAAGUAGGAGAAGUUAUAUGGAGUAUGUUGUGGAGAAGCUAGGCUUUCAGUAUCUGAGAUCAGUGGAUGCAAAAGGAAAGGGUGGAGGCCUAGCUCUUCUAUGGAAACAAUCGUGUGAAGUGGAAAUCUUGCAAGCAAACAGUAGAGUCAUUGAUGCGAAGGUUAAAUGGCAAGAUCACCAAUUCCACCUCACUUGUGUAUAUGGAGACCCAGUGAAGAGUAAAAGAAGUGAAGUCUGGGAAAGAUUAUCCAGACUAGGCGCAGAGAGACAAGGCCCUUGGAUCUUAACUGGAGAUUUUAAUGAGAUGGUAGAUCAAUCGGAGAAGUCCGGCGGAGCUGAGAGAUCAGAAAAAGAAGGCCUAGAAUUUCGUCAGCUCCUUAGCAACUGGGGUCUGUGGGACAUUAAGCAUAAAGGCGAUUUCCUAUCCUGGGCAGGAAGAAGGAUUAAUGGUCUGGUACAGUGCCGGCUAGACAGAUCAGUGGCAAACCAACAAUGGCUCGAGUGCUUCCCACAGGCCACCAUCUACUAUCUGAAGAGAGUUUGUUCCGAUCACAGUCCCAUCCUAACCUCCCUGGAUGGAAUGCAAUGGAAGAAAAGAGCAACCUUCAAGUACGAUCAUCGAUGGACAAAGCGAGAAGGCUUCAUUGAGGUUGUGAAUCAGGGCUGGAAGGCGCAAGGGAAUGGACAAGCCAAUAUUAUGGGAAGAAUCUCUACCUGUAGGAAAGCCAUUUCAGUGUGGAAGAGAAGUGCAAAACCAAGUUCAGCAAUGAGAAUACAAGAACUCCACUACAAAAUCGAUGAGGCAUCAAGACAAGAACAGUUCAAAAGAGAAGAGCUGGAAAGCAUGAGGAAGGAACUGAAUGAAGAAUACUAUAAUGAGGAACUGUUCUGGUGGCAGAAGAGUAGGAUGAACUGGCUGAGGGCUGGGGAUAGAAAUACCAAAUAUUUUCAUGCUGUAACCAAAAAUCGUAGAGCUCAAAACAUGAUCAAAAGUUUGAUUGAUGAUAUUGGGAAUGAAUGGUUUGCAGAUGAGGAUCUUGGUAAAGUGGCUGAGCAGUAUUUCAAUUUUCUUUUCUCUUCGGAAGAUGUAGGAGCGGAGCUAGCAGUGUGGAGUGAGCUACCACCAGUGUUGACCGCUACUCAAAACGAGACACUUAUGAAGCCGAUCUCAAGAGAGGAAGUCAGAAGAGCUGUGUUUGAAAUCAACCCCCAUAAAUGCCCCGGACCUGACGGCAUGAAUGGAUUCUUUUUCCAACAGUUUUGGGAGACAUGCCAGGAGGAGGUUAUGGAAAUGGUGCAGAGGUUCUUCCAAACUGGAGUGAUGGAAGAGGGGGUAAACAACACAAACAUAUGCCUUAUACCCAAGAGCCCGACUGCAAGAAAAAUGAGCGAAUACCGGCCGAUCAGUUUGUGCAACGUGGCAUACAAGGUGAUAUCCAAGCUAAUGACAGGGAGACUCAAGCAGGUGAUGCCAUCAUUGAUCUCAGAAACACAGGCAGCUUUCGUGGAGGGAAGACUCAUAUCCGAUAACAUCUUGGUAGCUCACGAACUGCUUCAUGCGUUAAGCUCGGAUAACAAGUGUGCCUAUGAGUCUAUCGCUAUCAAGACGGAUAUCUCCAAGGCCUAUGAUCGUGUUGAAUGGAGAUUCCUGGAGAGAACAAUGCAAGCGCUAGGAUUCAAUGAACACUGGAUUAAACUCAUUAUGAGCUGUGUCUCAUCGGUGCGAUACCAAGUUCUGAUCAAUGGAACCCCAUUUGGGGAUAUAGUACCAUCACGGGGACUCCGACAAGGUGACCCUCUGUCACCCUAUCUUUUUGUGAUGUGUACAGAGAUGCUGGUCCAAAUGUUGAAGAGAGCUGAAGAAUCAAGAUUGAUCUCGGGAUUAAGGGUAGCGAGAAGAGCCCCUCCGGUCUCCCAUCUUUUGUUUGCGGACGAUAGCAUGCUAUAUUGUAAGAGCUCAGAUGAGGAAAUAGACAGGGUAACCCAGCUUCUGCGUAACUAUAGCAUUGCAUCGGGCCAGAGGAUUAACUAUCAAAAGUCGAGCAUCUACUUUGGGAAGCAUAUCCCACUCCAGAGACGGGAGGAGAUCAUGAUAAAAUUAGGGAUCGAUCAAACCGGGGGGGAAGGCUUUUAUCUAGGAGUCCCAGAAUCAAUGGGUGGUUCACGCGUCUCCAUACUGAGCUACUUGAAGGAGAACAUGGCUCAGAAAGUACAGGGAUGGCAGACUAAAUUCCUGUCACCGGGAGGUAAAGAAGUCUUGCUAAAAGCAGUGGCUAUGGCACUCCCGACAUACACAAUGUCCUGCUUUUUGAUUCCAAAGACGAUAUGCAAGCAGAUAGUAUCCCUAAUGGCGGACUUCUGGUGGAAAACAAACAAGGAGUCAAAGGGGAUGCACUGGAAAAGUUGGGAUCAUCUGUGUAAGUCAAAAGAUUGCGGAGGACUUGGAUUUAAAGAUUUGGAAGCUUACAAUCUGGCACUCUUAGGCAAACAGCUAUGGAGGAUGGUCACUAAUCCUGAUUCAUUGAUGGCCAAGAUCUAUAAGAGCAGGUACUUCAAGACAUCUGACCCUUUGAAUGCAACUCUAGGAUCCCGGCCAUCCUAUGCAUGGCGGAGUAUCUUUGCGGCUCAAGAGCUAAUCAAAAGAGGGGCUAGAGUCAUUAUCGGCAAUGGUCAGAGAACAAAGGUCUGGCAGGAUAGAUGGAUUGGUAAAACUCCGGCAACAAUGGUCCAGUCAAUGGCAUGGAAUGGAUACUCACGGGAAAUGGUAGUGACAGAACAGUUGAAAGUGAGUGACCUCUUGGAUUCAAGCUGCAGAACUUGGAAUGAAGAGUUACUACAAAGCUUGUUCACUGCAGAGGUACAAGCCCAAAUCAGGAAAAUAACCCCAGCAGGAAGGAGAAGCGAGGAUUCUUAUGCUUGGGAUUUCACUAAAACAGGCCAUUAUACGGUGAAGUCAGGCUACUGGGUCCUAGUGAACAUCAUUGAGGCAGAAAAAGAGCAGAAGGAGGCACUACAGCCGAGCCUUGACGGCCUCUACCAACAAGCAUGGCGAGUGAAUGCAAGCCCAAAAAUACGACACUUCCUAUGGCGAUGCAUUAGCAACUCAAUCCCGGUAGCAGCUAAUAUGGUAAGAAGACAUAUCGCAAAGGAUAUGAGUUGCAGCAGAUGUGAGUGUCGUGAGGAGGAUAUAAACCAUGUGCUCUUCCAGUGCACUUAUGCGAGACUGAUAUGGGCUCAUUCCACAAUUCAUCCCCCCCCUCAUGGUAUCUGGUCGGAUUCGAUCUACACCAACCUCCAUUGGGUCUUAAACCAAAAACAAGAGUUCCCAAAGGAAGAGGUGGAAGACGAGUCUGUGCCUUAUCUGCUGUGGAGGAUUUGGAAGAACCGUAACGAGUUUGUGUUUCAAGGUAAAGACUAUGACGCUUAUGCUACGGUUCUAAAAGCAAAGGAGGAUGCCUUGGAAUGGAAAAGUAGAGAAGAGGUACGAAAUAAAGAGGUAAAAAAGCCUACAGAAGAGGGCCAUGACCGCAAAUGGAGAGCGCCACCACCCAUGAAGAUUAAGUGUAAUAUUGAUGGAUCCUGGAAAAAAGAAACAUGUGAAGGUGGAGUUGGGUGGGUCGCGAGAGAUCAACAAGGCAACCUCCUCUGGGCAGGGGCGAAGAAGCUGUCAAAUGCAGGGUCAGUGCUUGAAACUGAGGCUGAAGCUCUCCGGUGGGCCAUUCAAACCUUAACCGGAUUUGGUUAUACAAGUGUGGUGUUUGAGACUGAUUCCCUGACUUUAAAGAAGCUAAUCUAUGGAGAGGAAGAGAUGUGGCUGUCUAUUAAGCCUAUCAUGCAGGAGAUUAGUUUUUUACUGACAGAAAACAGUGGCUAUGGAGUGGAGUUCUAUCCUAGGAGUGGUAAUAAAGUAGCAGACAGAAUAGCGAGGGAGACUACAACGCUCGCGUCCUUUGUCCCUAAGUUGUAUUCUGUUGUGCCAGUGUGGUUAAGCUCUUUUGUUGAGGUUGAUAAGAUCUUGUAA